UAUAUCGAAUAGUAACUGUAUCACAAUGACAGGUGGGGUUGCUCUAAAUGGAGUUAGUGAAAUAAAGAACAUGGAAGAGUAAACACGCGUCUUUCGUAAUUCCAUUACAUUUGUCGACGAGUUUGGAAUUUUUCGCGAAGAACCCACGAUUUAAGGGAAAGUACCGUUGUCGCGAUAAUCCGUGCGAAUGGUAGUACCAUCGGAAAAUGAGCAACAACAACAUUGCCCCCUUCGUCAUUGGAGACUCUUCGUCGGUGGGGCGGCGGUGGACUGCUUGGAAGCGGUCUUUUGAGUUGUUUCUGCUGUGUAAUCCGACAAAUGACGCUGGGAAAAAGAAAGCCUUGCUCUUGCACAAUGCAGGUCUCGAAGUGCAAGAAGUUUAUUUUGACGACCCGGAUCGGAAUGCAGCAGUGCCCGCGACGUCGGACGUCUACGAAGAGACGAUAAAGCUACUCGAUAAACACUUCAAACCGAUUGUGUCUAUUCCCCACGAACGAGCCUUGUUCAGGAAAAUGACGCAAAGGGAAGGAGAAAGUAUCGUAAAAUUUUGCAGACGACUUCGAAAUCAUGCAGGGCUGUGUGAUUAUGGCGACGCUCUGGAUCUAAGGAUCACUGAACAGAUCUACGAUGGAACCUCUUCCAACGCGUUGCGGGAGGCGAUCCUUAAGAAGAGAUUGGUGGUGCUGAACGAGAUUUUGGAGGAGGGCCGAGUUCUUGAAACCAUCGAUCAAAGUCAUCCAGAAUUGAUUUCAUCGGAUCAAGCAAGCGUAAACAAAAUCAAAAGUGGACAAAACCAGUGUUUCCGAUGCGGCUCGUUUGGACAUUACGCCAACGACAAAAAGUGUCCGGCUCGGAAGAAAACAUGUGACAAGUGCGGUAUCAUUGGACACUUCAAAAAGUGUUGCAAAUCAAAAAGUGUUUCCGACAAGAAGAAGAAAAAAGUGCGACAGGUUGAGGAUACGGAUGACAGUGACGACGAUCCCGAGCGGGAAGUGGAAAGUGAUGACAGUUGUGAGAGCGAUAUUCACCACAUCUUUUCCGCCAAACUGGUGGACGAUCGAGUAUCCCGCACUCGAUCCCGCAGCUGCGAACAGCUGUUGUCGGUCGAGGACAAGUACAAUACGAAAAUAUCGUGCAUAGUUGGCGGAGUGCGGAUGCAAUGGGUUAUUGACUCCGGCGCAUCUGUCAAUGUAAUCGACGAAAACACCUGGAAGAUGCUUAAGAAGCAGCACUGCAAGAUCAGCUACGAAAGUGACGAACCACGGAAAAAACUUGUUGCAUACGGAAACCACAAGCUACACGUUAAGGGAGUGUUCAAAGCCGACAUCAACCAUGGAUCGUCUACACUGAAAAAAUAAAUAUAGUACUGUGAACCGCGGCAGCGUUCUUGAUUUUACCAUGCCAAAAUAUCGUAAACCUUACCAAACAUUUAUUUACACUUACCAUGAAUCAAUAAAAAUUACCAUGUGUCAAACAUUUUGUAGCAUGGUGAGCAUCACUAUAUAUAUAUUCAGCACAACUAUUCAAUUUUUACUCUGCGCCGAACAAACAUGGUAAUGUCAACUCUAAUUAUGUUUACCCAAAAUAUAAACAGUUUCAAGCUCAAAACGCUCGAUAGUUAUUGUAAAUAUUUAGAUUGUAUUGAGCUUUUUCAGUUCUCCGUGUAGCAUCUGCGCGACCGUUCGCCAUUUUGACGUACUUCCUUUCGGAAAACGUUUACCGAAAUACUUGUCGAAAUAAUGGCAGAAUCAAAAAUUGAAGAAGUUCUAAUUGAAGAGCUUGUUGCCGAUUCCGACGCCAUUGAAGGUAAAUAGAAUAAAAAUUGCGAAUUGCUGUUAAUAAUCUGGAAACAUGUUUUUUCAGAAGCCGACGAGCAGCCGGACCUAAGAAACGUCAUAUUGGAGGAGUGGGAACUUGGAUCCUCGGUGUAUGCCAUCUUGAUAAGUAAGUAGUAGCAAAACUGUCUAGCAGAAUAACCUGGUUAUUAAGAAACUAUUAUUCCCAAGGUCACGGUGUCACACUUGAAUAUUUAAAAAUCCUGGACGAAAAAGCGUUAAG